AUGUCUGCUGUCGCUUCACCCGCAGCAGCUCCCACUGAGCUCCCCAAGCCCACCGAGCAGCCGGCUGCCGGUGAGGGCCAAGCAGCGGCUGCGACCGCUACCGAGAGCAACGGCGACAAGCCUACCGCUGAUGGCGAGAGCGCAAAGGCUGCUGAAGCCGGUGGCGCCACAGACACCAACGCUCGCAACACGAACAGCAGCAACGACAACUCUCAACAGCCAAACACGAGCUUGUACGUAGGAGAGCUGGACCCUUCCGUCACCGAGGCUAUGCUCUUCGAGAUCUUCAACAUGAUCGGACCAGUCGCCUCCAUUCGUGUGUGCCGCGACGCCGUCACUCGUCGCUCGCUCGGCUACGCUUACGUCAACUUCCUCAACGCUUCUGAUGGUGAGUGCCAGAUAGGGUGCACAUGAGCUCAGAGUGUAGUCCACAGCGAUCUGACUCGUCAACGCAUCUCAUCACAGGCGAGCGCGCCCUUGAGCAGCUCAACUACUCGCUCAUCCGCAACCGCCCAUGCCGCAUCAUGUGGUCGCAGCGUGACCCUUCGCAACGCCGCACCGGACAGGGCAACAUCUUCAUCAAGAACCUUGACGAGGCCAUCGACAACAAGGCUUUGCACGACACCUUUGCCGCGUUCGGAAACAUUCUCUCCUGCAAAGUUGCCAUUGGCGAGGGCGGUUCUCUUGGCUAUGGGUUCGUCCACUACGAGACUGCCGAGGCUGCUGACAAUGCCAUCAAGCAUGUCAAUGGCAUGCUGCUGAACGACAAGAAGGUGUUCGUCGGUCACCACGUGCCAAAGAAGGAACGCCAGCAAAAGAUCGAAGAAGCUCGCGCGCGCUUCACCAAUGUGUUUGUCAAGAACCUCGACCUCGAGGUCACCCAAGAGCAGUUCGAGGAACUCUUCAACAAAUAUGGCCCAGUCACCUCUGCUGCUCUGUCGGUGGACGAUGAAGGCAAGAGUCGCGGGUUCGGCUUUGUCAAUUACCAGGAUCACGAGCACGCUCAGAAGGCUGUAGACGAGCUGCACGAUACCGAGCACAACGGACAAAAGCUGUUCGUCGCUCGCGCGCAAAAGAAGACCGAGCGUGAGGAUGAGCUGCGCCGCUCGUACGAGGCUGCCAAGAACGAGAAGCUGUCGAAGUUCCAAGGCGUCAACUUGUACCUCAAGAACAUCCCCGAAGACUUUGACGAUGAGCGUCUGCGCGAAGAGUUUGCACCUUUCGGCACCAUCACUAGCUGCAAGAUCAUGCGCGCGCCCUCUGGCGUGAGCCGCGGAUUCGGUUUCGUCUGCUACUCGGCGCCGGAUGAGGCCAACAAGGCGGUCACAGAGAUGAACGGCAAGAUGCUGGACAACAAGCCGCUCUACGUAGCUUUGGCCCAGCGCAAGGAUGUGCGUCGUCAGCAGCUCGAGGCUCAGGUCAUGCAGCGCAACCAGCUGCGUCUUCAACAAUGGGCCGCGACUGUCGGUGCUGCGCCUGGCUAUCCUGGAGGCGCUAAUGGUGCUCCCAUGUACUACCCGCCUGCUGGAUUUGCUGGUCAACCCGGAGCUGGUAUGCCAGGACGCCCUCGUUACGCGCCUGCCGGCAUGAUGCCUCAAGGUUUCCCUCAGGCUACUCCUUACGGCCAACCUCCGGGCCAAUUCCCCGGCCAAAUGAUGGGAGGACCUCCCGGAUACCGCGGACCUCGCCCUCCUCGCGGCGCCGUUCCAGGUGGCGUGCCUGGUGGUGUUCCUCUCCCAGCCGGUGCUCGUCCUCCUGGAGGACUUGCCAACGGUCAGCCUCCUCGUCCCAAUGGCUUGCCAAACGGUGCUCCCAUUCCAGGACGCGGCAUUCCUGCUCCCGGCGCUCGCGGUCCAGGCGCUGGUCGCCCUCAGGCCUCUCCUAGUGCUCAGCCUGCUCUCACCGCCGCUGCUCUUGCCAACGCCGGCCCAGAGGAGCAGAAGCAGAUCCUCGGAGAGGCUCUCUACCCUCGCAUCAAGCAGAGCCACGAUGCUCUUGCUGGCAAGCUCACUGGUAUGCUUCUCGAGCUCACCACCAGCGAGCUGCUUCACCUUCUCGAGGAUGAGGAGAGCCUCAACGCCAAGGUCGACGAGGCUCUCGAGGUGCUCCGCGAGUUUGAGGCUGCUGAGGCACAAGGCCAGCAGUAG